AUGGACGGCGAAACAAGCUUGCUCACCAAGACCAAGGGGGGAACACCGGGUUACAUGAACCAGGCCCAGACCAAGGGCAAGUAUGGCACGGCCAACGACGUGUAUCCCUUGGGCGUCAUCAUCAGUGAGAUGCUGACCGGGCUCAACUCGCUCCUCACAGCAGACGAGUGCGUGCGCGCCUUGCAGCUGGCUGAUCAAGACGCGGCAACGUGGCCGGCCGGCCGACACAGCGGCUCCUAUAUGGACGACGGGGAUGAGGCCAAGAUUUACUUGUGGAUGGAGUACGGCAUGCGUGUGCCGCUGGCCACUGUGAUCCAGUUCAUCCUGCGGAAGCACCAACACGUGCCCAAGGCGCUGUGGCACCCUGCAUGGUUCACCGGUCAAGACACCGCCGAGAUUGCGGCUGCUGAGAGCGCGGGGGAGGUGCUGCACGCGCAGGUCUGCCUGUGCUUUGACAUCAAGGAGCUAGGGCGGUCGAAGCUGCCGGCGGUGCUCGGCGCGAUGCGCCCUGCAGUAGUGGCUGCUCUGAAGCAUGGCUGA